CCUCUAUUUACGAUUUCAGCCAAUCUAAAUCCAAGAUUUGGCUGAAAUUUUUUCGGCCCGCGAGGGGAGGGGGCGCCUGGUGGGGGAAACAUCGUAUUUUGAAAUUGUGGACGGCUUCAGUCGCUCUCCGUGACUUCAGCAGGGAAGUACGGGCCUGUGGUGGUUUGGCACCCCUUUUUUUUCAGUUUUGUGUUGACUGUAUUUUUUUCUGUCCGGAAAAGCCCCUGUGCCUGCUUUAGUGUGCGGAUUUUUUUUGAGUUUGAUUUCGGGUGGUGUUGGUGUUGGUUUAAAAGGCCGAACGGAGUGCAGUUCAAGGGAUGUCUGGAUGUUGGCUACAAUGGCUACAGUUACUUCCGGCCUUCUUUCUCCAAAUUCGUAUGGCCUGAAUCCAGACCAAGUGGCGGCCAAAAUGACCGCCGAGAACGACACGUACGACCGGUACCACACCAGCCAAGUCUUCAGCAAUUCCACAGCGAAUUCGAGCGACUCGGAACCGGAAACUUACGCCACCAGCUCACCCAAACCUUCCGAUCAACCCAAACGCAACAAAAGAAAGAACUUCAAACCGAGAUGUUCGAACGUUUCGUAUCCGGAGACGGAAAGUGCUUUAAAUUUGGGUGAAUACGCCGCCAACGACAACAUUAACAACAAUGUGAGACGGAGGAAGACGUUGGCGACGAGACGAGUCCUGGUGGACGCAAAGUACUCACCAAUGGACUUGAGCAAAACGAACGAUAGCGAAAAUUCGAAUAGUGAUACAGAUGAGUACAAUGAAGACGAGACGGAAAGUAAUAAGAUUCCGUCGAGUUUUUCCAUUCAUACGUUGGCCAAGCCACACGUUUCGGAAGCCGGAGGACAGCAUCAGGGACAGAUUAGUGACAUGAGGGAGUACGCGAUGAAUACGAUGAGGGAGUUGUUGGGGAUUUAUGGACUGACGUCCGAAGUGGCAGAGAGUAUAUCGAGGCAGUUGCCCAUCGCGGCCUUCAGCACCGGUAAAAUCUUCGAGAAUUUUACCCUCAACCCGGUGAAAAUGGACGUGGGGGAGCCCCCAAGCCAGCCCCCGACGCCCCCAAGCACGCCACUGUCCCCCAAGUCAUCAACAGGGGAUCAUUCAGCCAAAUAUACCUCAACAAACAUCCCCAACAUUCCUAAUCUCGUUAUAACGCACAAUUCUAGUCCGAACAUACCUCAAAAUUUCAGCAGCACAACGCAACAACAAAAAACGCCACUGAAUUUAGGCGUUAAACCAAAAAAUGCCUACGCCAAUGGAGAUUACAGCGAGGAGAAGGUGGGCGUGAACAAUAAGGGUGCUCAAGCCUCAAGGGGGAUCUUUCCGUCGAAUAUUCUCCCGUUUGCACAACUCAAGACUGAUUCAACGAGUCCGCCUCCGUUCGAUCAAAAUCCACUCAAUGCCAUGAUGGCCCAGUCUUUGCAACCGACGUCGCGCGACGCCGUCCCGACGCCCAACCUGCUCCUCAACAAGCCCACAACUCAACUGGACUACUCCAAAUACGUGAAAAAAUUCGCUUCCUCCCUGGAAUGCGGCAGCUCCUACUGUAGAGACCUCAACUACAGAGAGCAUUUCCACUGUUUGGACUGCAAUUCGCGCGUUUUCAUCAAAAAGGAGGAAAUGAUCCGACAUUUCAAAUGGCACAAGAAACGAGACGAAUCGCUUCAGCACGGUUUCAUGCGUUACAGUCCUUUGGACGACUGCAGCGACCGUUUCGGCAACUGUACGCACAACAAGAAACAAACCCAUUAUCAUUGCAUCAAGGAAGGCUGUGAUAAAGUUUAUAUUUCGACGUCCGACGUCCAAAUGCACGCCAACUAUCACCGAAAAGACUCGGCGAUUAUUCAAGAGGGCUUCCAGAGGUAUAGGGCUACAGAGGAGUGUGGGGCCUCCUAUUGCGCCUUUUUUGGCCAAAGGACCACACAUUUUCACUGCAGGAGGACUGGCUGCAGGUUCACUUUCAAGAACAAGUCCGAUAUGGAAAAGCACAAGUCGUACCACAUCAAAGACGAGCAACUCUCGCGCGACGGUUUCAAAAAAUUCAUGAAAAACGAAGUAUGUCCCUUCGAAAAAUGCCGUUUUUCCAAAGUUUGCAACCACAUCCAUUGCAUCCGCCCGCAGUGCAGCUACGUCUUGCACAGUUCAGGCCAACUGUUCUCGCACAAGCGAAAGCACGAACGCAAAGACAGCGAAUUGGCUUAUCGCAAGUACAAACUGGCUCAAAGCAUGAUGAAGAGCCUCCAAGACGGCUCUCUAAACCCCUCAUUUACACGCGACUACGAACAACAACUCGAAGGCUUAAACCUUUCGAUGUUCAGCCAAAACAGCAGCACUUCAAACGUCUCGGAAACGCUCAGCGAACGCAAUUCGCCGGUUAGCUACGAAGAGAGCGAAUCGGCGAUUGAUCUAACAGCGGGCGAUUCAAAUUUCGAAGAAACCAACUGGAACAGUGAGGAUUUCUGGAAGAAGUACUGCCAGUUUGUGAGCCAACAAGACAGUUGCAGCGAAAAAUGCGAUUUUAACUAUUCGGAUCACUAUCAUUGCGUUGUGGAGAACUGUGAGAUGGUUUUCAAUGCGAAAGAUGGGGUAAGGGAGCAUGCUCGCAACCAUGAACAGCAGGAAAUCGUCACUGAGAAUUACUUCACCACGGUGACGGGGCAGUGUGAUGAUGGGUGUAUUUACCAGGAUAAGGAGAAGCACUACCAUUGCAAUUGGGAUAAUUGUCGGGAGGUGAUUUUGCCGAGCGAUAAACCUUUCCGACGAUUAGAACAUUACAAAAUGCAUGAGUAUUCGAGAAAAUUGAGUUUGACGAAGGAUCCAUUGACUAUGACCCAUUUGGCCACGUCCAUCGAUGGCAUGUUUUGCAGGAAGAGGGGGAGACCGCCCAAAAAUCGGGUCAUUGAAGUGUGGAACGACUAUUCCCCCAUUGGAAGCCAGAGCUUGCUGGACUCCCCCCAAGCCAUCUUCACCAGUUUCAAACUCCCCAAACCAUCCGCUACACCUUCCAGCAGCAAAGAAACGGAGCAACAAGACUCCAGUGACGAUCGUUCAAGCACCCAAAGCCCCAACGCUCAAGACUACAGUCUCCAAGGCUUUGAUAUUUUCAAAGAAAACACCAAAUGUACCGAUAGUUUGUGUCCCUACUUGGGCUCAACUCACUUCCACUGCAACCAAAAUCGUUGCCUUUAUGUAACAGAUAAAGAAGAUGUUCUUAUAAUGCACAGUAAGGACUUUCACGACAACAUUGAAAUCCUUGAUGGUUUCGAGUUUUACGACCGAAACGUUGACUGUCGUCUAUCAGAGUGCCCAAGCAACAAAAUCAACCGACAUUUCCACUGCACGCGCCCCAAUUGCAACUAUUCCUUCGUUCAAUAUUCAACAAUGGCCCAACACAACCAGAAACAUGUGGACGACGAAGCGAGUGUCGAAAUUAAGACAGAACCGUCCGAAAAUUCCGACUCGAAAGCGAUGAAUCUCAGCCAAAGUUCGGAAAAUAAAGUAUCAGUGGUGAAGGCUUCAGGAACUUUCUUUCCUCUUUCUACAUUGCCGACUGAACCAAAGUCACCAGAAAUUUCUAAAAUCUUACCAACAGUUGCAAAUUUUACAGAACCCUGUAACCAAGACCCCGGCACAGGCAGCAGCACCCUCUACGGCCCGGAAUUGAGUUGUUCGCGCCCCUUUUGCAAACUCAAACGCAAAUACCACUACCAUUGCAACGCUUGCAAUCAGGCCUUCUCGGAAAUGGACCGCCUAGUCGUCCACGUGGCCAAACACAGCACUGGGGCCCUCAACAGCCAACUCCAAGAAGACAACAACAACCAACAAACCCCCUCCACAUCAAACGAACCGAAAAUCAACGUCGCCCCCUUACAAAGUCUCCAAAACCCCGUCAUGGUCAAACCCGAGCAUGAAACCCCCUCCUAUUUAACCCCAACUUUCGACGCCUACAACCACUUUUCAAAUUUUCCCGCUAAUUUAGCUACACAGUUUGCGCUAAUGUCGCAACAAAACGCCUUUUUGCCACAAGGGUUGUAUCAAAAUGCGGGGAUUCCCACACAGUUGAUGUUCCAACACUCGCAGUUGAUGCAAAGCCCGCUUUUGGGGGGACCCCAGCAUGGCUACCAAAGUGACAAUAUGACGAGUCCAUUGGCCGCAAUGGCGGCCAAUUUAAAUAAAAGGGCCUUGAGCCCACAUCAUGAAAUCACACCCGAACAGAAAAAGGCAAGGAUACAGAACUCGAUGAGGAUUCUGAAGGACGAACCGGUUCCCGAGGGCUAUUUACGAUUCAGGUUUAAUGAGGAUUGCCAGUACCAACAUUGCGGCUAUAGGGAGCACCAAACCCACUUCCAUUGUCAAAGACAGGACUGUGGGUACAGUUUUUGCGACAAGACGAGGUUUGUCCAACAUACAGCGCGACACGAACGGUUGGACACCCUGAUGGGCGGCGAUUUCCAGCAAUACAGGGCCAACGUAGCCUGCGGCAGGAGCGACUGCGCAUACACCAACAAUUUGGGUUCGACGCAGAACAAGGCGUCGCACUUCCAUUGCCUCAAGUGCGACUUCGUGUGCACGGACACCAACAAGGUGGUGGCGCACCGCCGCCAGCACCAAAAACUGGACUCGAUCCAGGCGGCUGGGUUCGAAAAGUUCACCCCAAGCCAGCACUGUCGCGUCCCGAAUUGCCAACACAGCGGCAAACAAACGCACUAUCAUUGUCUGUCGUGUCAGUACGCCGUGCUGGGAUUGGCCCAAAUGUCCGCGCACAAGUACCGCCAUCUGGAGGGUUGAUUGUUUGCUCAAUUAUUGUAAAUAUGUAUAGAGCUGUAUACAGUUUGUAAAUAGGGUACAACACAAGGAACUCACCUCGACUAUCUAAUACCGGGGAUGUCCCGAAUAAUUUAUUUAUCGACUGAGAUCGUCCGAGUCUGACUUGGUGUCGUAGCUUUUGAGUAUUAUAUCGUAGGGAACAAUUGUAAAUUGGAAAAAGACAUAGUAUUUUUAGGUGUAGCUUAGAGGCCUUUUUUUCAUGGAAAAAUUAUUCUAGAUUAGUGCCUUAGAAAAAGACAUAUAAUUUUGGUGCCUUCUCGGGUACUUUGGGUAGAAGAGACGAACUAAAUUCAGGUGUACCGAACAAUAAGUAAUUCAUUCCAUAAGUGCCAUAUUAUAACAAAUGAUACAUUAUUUAAAACAAGUAGAUUUUUGCAAAUUAACGCUAGGUAGGUUAACGAGGUGUCAUAUCUUAUCAUUUUUUUUGUUUGCAUGCUCAACUUAUUUAUUUCAUUGUAUUAUUUUUUUGUGAUUCCAAGUGAAUUUUUUGCCAUAUAGCUUCCCAGCCGACAAAUCGGCCCUUUCUCUCCUCCCUCUUCCGUUCACAGCUAGUCUAUUCCUGCUUUAUCUGUUUCGUUUUAUUCUCAAAUAUUAGCUAUACGUAUUAUACAAUCAUAAAAAUGAUUUUAAGCAUCGACUAUAGUCGAACUGUAUUCUAAUUGAGUUAAGGAAGUAAAGCGUAUGUUUGAUUUUGUAUGAGUGUAAUUAUGUUAUUUUCUGUGAUUGUAUGUGUUGUUUUUUUAAAAAAGAUCAGUAUUUAUAUCAUAAA